GAAUGCGCUGUACUGAAUCCAUUCCAUUCUUUCCAGGUCGUAGUGAAAACACACUCGCCUGGACUGGAUUGUGGAUUGUGGAUUGCGGCAGUGAUUGGAGGAUAUGUUGGGAAUGAGAACCGGAGGAGGCUGGGAAACAAACAGGGAGUGCUGUGUGGAUUAGAGGCCGCAGCGUUCAUAUUAUACGCAUCGAUAUCACACAAAUGAUCGAAUAAACGGUGCGUUUGGCGGAUUGCGAUGCACAACUAGCUGCAGGGAAACAGAAGACGAUAUUUGCCGCUGAUCUUUACUAAAGACAAACCACAUAAAUCAAAUCCAGCAUGCGGCAUUUUACGCGCUGAUCUUGCAUCUGAAAUGAACACAAACGCGUCUUGAGACACUGACAUAUCUGUGGUAUCGCUCACGGUGGUUCUGACUGGAUUUGUGAAGACGAUUGACAUUAAAGGCGUUAGUUCUUCAUUCAUGCACAUAUCGCACGGAUACUGAAGAUCAUCUGUUGUGUUCUGUCAUUUUUUUGGUUUAUUUUAGUGACAAUAAAGGACUCGUCCAGUCACAAGUGAUUCAACAUCACAGAGCAGUGCCAUGCACCCCCCAUCCAAACAGCUGAUGCCAACAUAGAGGUCUCUGAUCAGACACCCUCUGGCUGCAGAGGAUGCUGGGAAUGUGUCGCGGGCGCAGGAAGUUUGUGGCUGCCUCCCUCGCCCUGAUCUUUAUCCCAGCCCUCACCUGGCUCUAUCUUUCAUCCGCAAAUUUCACAGAUGUCAAACCGCUGCCUCUGUCGCCGCUGGAUCCUCAGUCAUCUGUGCUGAUCGGAGCAGCCGGUGAGCAUCAGGAUUUGGAGCUGCGGCUACGAGAUGUGGAGGAACAUAACCAUGCGCUGCGGAGAGAGAUUAGCCUGUCGCCCAGGGUUCCAACCCAUAGCAGUCAUCAUAGCAACAGUCGCCAAGGCAACCAGUUACACACCCAUUCCACAGAAGAGGGUACAGGUGAUAGCGAAGCUAAAAAAGGAGCAGCCUCGGGCAACAGCUCGGACUGUGUGCCUCAGCCUGUGGUGAACAAAUGUGAGACCAUUCAUAUUGCCAUUGUGUGUGCGGGGUACAAUGCAAGCAGAGAUGUUGUCACACUGGUCAAGUCAGUUCUGUUUCACAGACGUAACCCACUCCACUUCCAUUUCAUCACGGACUCCAUCGCUCGGAAGAUCCUGGCCGAUCUCUUCCACACCUGGAUGGUGCCGGCCGUUCACGUCAACUUUUAUGAUGCUGAUGAGCUGAAGUCUGAGGUGUCUUGGAUCCCAAACAAGCAUUAUUCUGGCAUCUACGGCCUAAUGAAGCUGGUGCUGACCAAGACGCUGCCCUCUGAUCUACAGAAGGUCAUCGUCCUGGAUACUGACAUCACUUUUGCCACGGACAUCGCUGAGCUGUGGGUCGUCUUCCACAAGUUCAAGGGUCAGCAGGUUCUUGGUUUGGUGGAGAAUCAGAGUGAUUGGUACCUGGGGAACCUGUGGAAGAACCAUCGGCCAUGGCCAGCGCUGGGCAGAGGCUUUAACACCGGUGUGAUUCUGCUGUUGUUGGAUCGUUUGAGGAAGCUAAAGUGGGAGCAGAUGUGGCGGCUGACAGCAGAGAGAGAGCUCAUGAGCAUGCUGUCUACAUCACUCGCUGAUCAGGACAUCUUCAACGCUGUGAUCAAGCAGAAUCCGUUCCUGGUGCACCAGCUGCCCUGCUUUUGGAAUGUUCAGCUGUCGGAUCACACCCGCUCCGAAAAGUGUUACAAAGAUGUGUCCGACCUCAAGGUGAUUCACUGGAACUCUCCGAAGAAACUGCGUGUAAAGAACAAACAUGUGGAGUUCUUCAGGAAUCUCUAUCUGACAUUCCUGGAGUAUGAUGGGAAUCUGCUGAGGCGAGAGCUCUUUGGCUGUCCCAGCGAAACAGACCACAACUCAGAGAAUCUCCAAAAGACCCUGUCUGAGCUGGAUGAAGAUGACCCAUGUUAUGAGUUUCGUCGGGAGCGCUUCACAGUCCACCGCACACAUGUCUAUUUCCUGCACUAUGAGUACGAACCAGCCUUAGAUAACACUGACGUGACACUGGUGGCCCAGCUGUCUAUGGACAGACUUCAGAUGCUAGAGGCCAUCUGUAAACACUGGGAAGGGCCCAUCAGCCUGGCCCUCUACCUCUCAGACGCUGAAGCCCAGCAGUUUCUGCGAUACGCUCAGGGCUCUGAGGUCCUGAUGAGCAGGAGCAACGUGGGAUACCACAUAGUCUAUAAAGAAGGCCAGUUCUACCCUGUUAACCUGCUGCGUAAUGUUGCUAUGGGGCAGGUCAACACACCCUACAUGUUUCUGUCUGAUAUUGACUUUUUGCCCAUGUAUGGACUCUAUGAGUACCUCAGGAAAUCGGUUGUUCAACUUGAUAUGGGGAACACUAAAAAGGCUCUUGUGGUUCCAGCAUUUGAAACUCUGCGCUAUCGGCUGUCCUUUCCCAAAUCAAAAGCAGAGCUCCUGUCACAGCUCGACAUGGGCACACUGUUCACAUUCAGAUAUCAUGUCUGGACAAAAGGUCACGCUCCAACAGACUUUGCCAAAUGGAGAACUGCUACAACACCAUACCGAGUUCAGUGGGAGGCCGACUUUGAGCCGUAUGUUAUGGUCAGAAGAGAAAGCCCAGAGUACGACCGGCGCUUCGUGGGGUUUGGGUGGAAUAAAGUAGCUCACAUCAUGGAGCUGGACGCUCAGGAGUACGAGUUUGUGGUUCUGCCCAACGCCUACAUGAUCCACAUGCCCCACGCGCCCAGUUUUGACAUCACCAAGUUCCGCUCGAACAAACAGUACCGUGCUUGUCUGAAGACGCUGAAGGAGGAGUUUCAGCAGAAUAUGUCUCGGCGCUAUGGUUUCGCCGCGCUCAAAUACAUGACAGUGGAUAACAACAGCUAGCCGAGCACAUUGUUCAGCGAACCGAUAAAAUAACUGCCAUGAGCUGAUGAAGGAGUGCUGUGUGACAGCGCCUUUAUGGAUGUGUUCAGUGAAACUGAGAUUGCAGGGUCAUUAGGAGGCACGGCUCGUGAUCAUCCAUUCAUUCAGGGAUCCGAUAAGAUGUUUAUCAGUGGUGUUUGACAAAGGUGCCGAGAAAUAAACUGCUGAUUAGAAGUCUUUAAUGAACUUUUGUGGGAAGGCAACCAGAUUCUACAAAUGACAACUUCUAGAGUAAAUAAAAGGUCUGUUGUUACUUGUAAAUGAUGGACAACAACACUGAUGCACUUCAGAUUAAAGCCUUGAAUCUGUCUAUCUUUCUGCCUUUCAAACUAUUUGCCUGCGUGUCUGUCAGUCUUUUUGUUUCUCUCUGCCUCUAUUUCUAAGCAUCUGUCUAUAUUUCUGCCUGUUUAUUUUUCUGUCUAUCUAGCUAUAUGUCUACCUGCAUCUUUCUUAGUCUGUCUUUUGGUCUGCUUACCUAUUUAUCAAUCUCAUGUCUUUCUGUCUAGUCUUUCUGCCUCUUAUCUCCCUCUAUUUCUGUCUCUCUUUCUAUUCAUCAUCGAGUUUGACAAACUAGCUGUUAGCCAAGAGGUAAUCAGUCUAAUUUUUGGAUUCAAUUUAGACUAAUCUAUACUUUUAUGUAAUUGAAUUUUAAAAAUUAUGAUCAGUUUUAAAGAAAAAAAUUGGGUGACUAAUUUGUAAGACUAGUCUUAAGCUUUUAUGCAACUGGGCCCAGAUCUGACAGGAAGCGAAGUGCGAAAGAGAAGGGGGCGGGAUCGGGAAAGGUCCUCGAGUUAGGAUUUGAACUCGGGACACCUGUAGCACAAUGGCGCUGUAUGUCAGCACGCUUCCCACAAAGCUGUCUGUGCCGACAAGGAUAUUUGUUUAACAAUGGCUAUAUUUGUCUGUCUGUCUAACAAUCUGUCAGUUUAUAUCUCUGUCUAGCAAACUGUUGUACAAUCUAGCUAUGUCUCUCUUUUUAUACACUACUUAUAUACUAUCUCUUGCUCUCACUCUGUCUUUAUGUGAUCUGCCUGUCUAACAAUCUGUUCAUAUCUGUUUGUCUUUAUAUCAACAAUUUGCUCCAACAGUUUACAACAAUUUACUCUUUCUCAUUCUUAUUCUCUCUCUCUCGAUUCAAGGUUUUUUUCUCAGUGUUGACAGUUGUUGUGUGUGGUGAAGUAAUUGGAUAUGUGUUCAUUCUUAGUGCAGAUGUGAACAAAUGUAAUAAACAGGGAUCUUCAUUCAUCGGACUGGCAAUAAUACGUAAUGAGAGGCCAAAGUGAAUACAUCAUUGACACAUUAUGGUUAUUUAAGUGUAACUGACUAUCAUUCUCCAUCAGAGGGCAUCACACACCACACUAACAGACUUAUGCACUUAAAUACAGGCUUAAUUAACAGACUUAUUCAUUUUUAUUUUUUUCAUAAUUUGUUAAAGAUAGUGGAUAGUUGAUGCUGAUGCAGUAGCAGAACGUGUCAUGAGUGUGUUUUGUAGUUACUUUGUACGCAGACAACAACAUGUCUGACUCAGGCUCCUGUUGAUAUUUUGCCUUUUUUGCCACCCUGACAGCACACAAACUCAACGUUGCCGAGACAUCUGUAUCAGUUUUCUUAUGCCAUACGUCUCUAAAACGUUUCCUGUCUGAUGUUAUACUGACAUUCAACAGUUUAUCACAUUUAUGAUUGUGAAUUUUUGUGAACCAGAUAUUUUGAAGAUGUUUGUACACAAUAUUUAGAACUUGAUGCGUUCUUCAACAGGCAUCUCGGCAGCGUACGUGUGUAUCAAUGAAGUGCUUUUAAUAGGCUACAGUCUGUGUUGUGUGCAUUACAGUAUGCCUGUGAGAUCAUCUUUAUAAGCUGACCUCACCCACAGGACUGCUGCUUUAUUUCAUGUUAUUUUAUUGGUUGGAACGGACCAUAGACCGUUCACGCUUAUGUUCUAUAGAGCCCCUUUUGGCAAAGCUGAGAACGCACUCGCACUUGCAUUGCAUUACCAAUUGCAUUGUGAUCAUUUUUGGAAGAAGUGUUUGUUUACAUACUUGCUUGGAGUAAGUUGCGGGCCUAAUACGAGCAGAUAAAAAAAAAAAAAAAAAAAGAAUCUGUGAAAAAAACGCAAUGAAUGUGUGCUACUCAUAUUCAGAAUUACAGGUCCAUUAGAACAGACCUGGGCUAGUUGUCAGUUUUUUUUGUUGUUGUUUUUUUUACUUUAGUGACUAUUUCUCAGGGUGGGUUUAUUUUUAAGUCAGUUUCUGUAUAGACUUAAACCUUAAAGUCUUGAGAAAGCUAUUGAGAUAUUUUCACCAGUACUGUCCUGGAAACAAAAACAGUCAAUUCAAUACAGGGGCAUGUUGUCACACUGUAUGAAGUAAUAUGUUUCUUCUUAAAGCAUUUUGACACGCACAUAUGCACACAAAAACCAUUUAAAAAAACGACAAAUGUCAGUGUACUUUUGAUUUCACUUGUUCAACCUGUAUUCCAAAAUUACAAUAUUCCCUGUGACAACUAGCCCCAGUCUCCUGUAUUUACUACGUAAGAAGUGAAACCAGCAGAUGAAGUUAAUAAUGGACAACAUUUAUGUGUGAUUUUUCUGAAGUAAAAUCUUUUGAAGGAUACUUUUUUCCAACCAUCCAGUUUGUUUUUCAUUCAGUUGGAAACCGUCCAUGUCACUGUACUAAAUAAUGUGCUGAUAUGUUCUGAUGUGGAAGCCUUAUGCCCUUCUGUGCAUACAAGUUUCAUAGGUGGCAGUGUUACCACUGAUGUUCUGAGCGCUCAAUGAGAUGGUUGCUUUGGAGCGGUGUCUUUAUUUUUCAGUAUUUUCUGAGGUUGUACGUGAGUACUGAUGUGCUGAGCUGUAUGUGCACACUAGCUGAUUGAUGUGUGUGUUUAAUAUGAAUAUAAACAGCCACAUGUCCAGGAUAACACUGAUAAAACUGCUUAUGAAUUAAAGUGUGUCAUGUCUUUGCCGCUUAUUUUACUAUCCCAUACAUGAUGGUACAUUGCGAAACAAUGUUUUUCAAACAAAUGCAGCACAUCAUUUGAAUAUUUCAUACAUUCAUUGCAUUUUCUUUGUAUCUGCUAACCACUUAAAGCAUAGAUUGUUGAAAAAGAAUUUGAAAUGUCAUUUUCUGAAUUAAUGUGGCAACAAUUGAUAUAAAAAAAUG